AUGACAGCGCGCCAUUUCGUGGCCCUGUUCAACCAGGCGCUCAAGGACGACAAUCAGGCCUGGAAGAUCCAGUUUGUUCCUGCAGCGCACAUCCAACUUUUGUCGGAUGACCACAAGGACAUAGUUUAUUUGUUAAAUGUUGAGCCGUUCGUGGAGGGGUCAGAUUUUGUCAAAGUGACCAACAACUCCAAGUAUGUCAACCCAGAUUUAACUAAGGAACUUGUGGACGUGUCCCUAGCCUUUAUGCACUUUACAUGGGAGCAGUCCGAAGGCAGGAUACUGGUGACAGACCUUCAGGGUUGGUUGCCCCGGGACCAAAAAGGCACCAUCAUUUUCACAGACCCUGCCAUUAAUUCAGAACCUCUGAAGACCGUAUUUGUUACUGGUAACCGUGGUAAAGAGGGUGUUGACGACUUUUGGAGUGAGCAACAUCCGACAUGUAACGAUAUAUGCUACUCGCUAGGAAUAAAGAGACCUCAAUUUGCCUCUUAA